AUGUCAACAGCAACGAUAAAAUCUCUCUCCCGCCUCACCACCACCCAACUCACAACGCUUGCCCUCCACUGGCUUUCCCACGCCGAAGCCGCGGGCCAACCCUACCUGCGCUCAAACCGCACUCUCGACGAGUCCGACGAGGAGGACUACCUCUUCCCGCCCGCGCGAUCACUCUCUGAACUCAAGGCUAUCUGGAAGAAUCUCCGCCUCGAUAUAGACAGCCAUGGCGAAGGGAAGCAGAAGCACAACAAGCAGUACCUGAUCGAUCGGAUUAUCGACGGCGACUGGAGGCGCGGACUAAGUCUCUACCAGCAUGCGACGAUUGACUUUGCGUUCUUGAGCACGCAUGAUACGGCGCUGCGAUGGACGGGUUUGAAGGUUGCGCCGCUUGACCAUGAUGACACCGCGGCUACGCCUGAGGAGCCGCCGACCAAGAAGCAGAAGACACAUCAUACAACGAAGACGAACAAUGCGCUAUACCCAACCAUCACACCGACGACGUUUGUGACUGCGCUUCGCGAGCAGGUUUCACCGCUUGUUAAGGCACACUAUCAGCUCACCUACCUGGUCGGCCAGUACAAUGAGCUACCGAUCGUGCGACUGUAUCUGACACCCGACAAAGCAUUUGCGCCGCAUCAGUCCAACAUCCCACGAAGCGCGCGGCAUGCUACGGAUAGUGGGAGAACGAUCUAUAUCGCGCUGCCGCAAAGCAGUCCACAUGUGUAUAUCGCCGUGAAUGGCGCUUCGCCUGCGGCUGCUGCGGCAGGACAACAAACGAAGCAAGCAAAGGUGGACAUCACGAAUUUGAAGAGGCUGGUCAUUGAGGCAAUCCCGAAAGCGCUAUCGAGGAGGCAUGAGCGGUGGGCGCUGGAGGGCACGAAGCUGACGGCGAGGAGUCUGAAGAGCGUAUGUGCGUUGAGAGGUGGUGGGGCACGGCCAGGAACCGCAGGCGGAGCGUUCGCGAAGUUCUUUGCUGGUCAAACCGUCGCAGACGGUGGUUCCCAGGACGCUGAAGGACACAACAAGGAGAACGAGGACAGAUGUAAGGCUGAAGCUGGACCAACUGACGUGCUGGGCCGAAAGCGGAAGAGAGCGAAACGUUCAGAGAACGACGAAGAGCAAGAGGAAAAUGAGAACUCGAUGUUCUUUCCUGAGCACCCAACACGGGCUGAACAAUCCACCGAAGCUGCUCUCGAUGCCCGUUUCGGACCGAUCUCGAACACAUCUCGCGCAAAGCUCGAUCGUGUGACAGUCAAAAUCACAGAUAUUAUGCAACAUGUUGACCUCCAAGAGUCUUCCUUGGAGCAGAGCAUAGGCCAGAGGAACACAGUGGACUGUGCACCCGUGGGCAUCACUUUCGGCGGAUCCGACGUGGUCUUGGGAUUGAGAAUGCUCGCUGAGCUGGGGCUCGUCGCGAGCGGUCAACAGCAGAAUGGCUUGGACUUGGGCAAGAUGCCUGGCUGGAUGGCAGGUGAGCAGGGCCAGAGUUUGAUCGUGGUCUGA